AUGAUAUACAACAUUUUUAAUUACCUGGCAGUAGCUCUUACUGUUAACUCGUCUCUUAUUACGAUUGUGGUUGUAUACCGCCCUCCUGCCUCCAACUCUGGAUUAUUUAUUGAAGAAUUCUCCACCCUUCUUGAAAUCCUGUCCACCUACCCAGGGCGUAUCCUGAUCGUGGGUGACUUCAAUAUUCACGUUGAUGAUCCAUUAAAUCCUGCGGCUGCUAAAUUCUUGUGCCUUAUCGAGUCGUUCGACCUGCUUCAGCACGUUUCCGGCUCUACUCACGCCAGCGGCCACACUCUUGACCUGGUGCUCUCUCUUUCGUCAGAUGAUUCUGUUGCAGACUGCUACACGUCUGACCCGCUGAGUGACCACUCUGUGGUCCAUUGGGUGGUGAGAGCCCACCGACCAUGUCGCCCGUUUAAACCUGUGUCAUUCAGGAAGCUGAAGUCGAUUGACAUGGAUAGCUUCACCGCUGACAUUCUCGAUCUUCCACUGUUUCAAGCACCAUCUGACGAUCUUGAGGGCUUACUUCUGCAGUAUAAUACUGGUCUUGCUACUGUCCUUGAUGCACACGCCCCGAUGGUCUACAGAUCUUUCGCCGUUCGUCCUGAUAAUCCUUGGUGCUCGGAGGAGAUUUUGGCUGCUAGGAGGAGACUGAAACGCUUGGAGAGACUAUGGCGUAGGACAGGUCUCCACGUGCACUAUGAAAUGUUCAACGAUGCCUGUCUGUCGCGAAACAAGUUGAUUCAUGAGGCUAAAUCUACCUUUUUGGUCUCUAGAAUCAAUGAAAAUCUAGAGAAGAAGUCCCUCUUCAAAGUCGUUGAUUCUUUUCUGAUCAAGAAGCCCCAGUUGGCCCUGCCCAACCAUGACUCACUUCCAGAACUGGCGGAACGUUUCAGCGCGUUCUUCACCGAAAAGGUGAACAACAUUCGCGUCGCGCUGGAAGUUUUGGCCUGCAAUGUGUCGUGCCCAUGUAAAUCUUCAUUGCGUGACCCCGUGCCGUCAUUUCUCGUCAAGGCCGCGGCUGAUUUGCUUGCUCCUCCAAUUGCUGCCCUAAUCAAUCGUUCCCUUGAGCUGGGCAUCUUCCCUGCUGAGAUGAAACUGGCUUUCAUCUCUCCUCUGCUGAAGAAACUUGGGCUUGAUCCUGAUGUUCUGGGCAAUUAUCGCCCAGUUUCUGCCCCUUCGUUUAUUUCGAAGCUUCUCGAGCGUGUGGUGGCCAAGCAGCUCAUUGAACACCUGGAUACUCAGUCUCUCUAUGUGCCAGUGCAGUCUGCCUAUCGCUCCUUUCACUCGACCGAGACUGCCCUUCUCAAGGUUCUCAACGACAUUCUUUCAUCUAUUGAUCAUGGCGAUUCCGUCAUCUUGGUGCUUCUCGACCAAAGUGCCGCCUUCGACCUCAUUGAUCACGAGAUCCUCUUGAAUCGCCUCUCCACUCAAUUUGGAGUAACUGGUGUUCCGCUGUGUUGGUUUGAAUCGUACCUUUCAGGCAGGUUGCAGUCUGUUUGCAUUAAAGGUGUGUGUUCUUCACCUGUCCCUCUUCCAUACGGUGUACCACAGGGAUCCGUUCUUGGACCGGUUCUCUUCACACUGUACAUCAGUCAUUUACACGAGAUCGCAAAUAGUUUCAACCUGUCUGAUCACUACUAUGCUGAUGAUGCCCAGCUCUACCAGUCAUUUCGAGCAAAUGAACAAAACGCGGUCUACUCAACGCUAUCUGCUGCCAUUUCUGAGAUUAAGUGUUGGCUAUCGCAAAAUUUUCUUAAACUAAACGAGGAGAAGACGGAUGUUAUUCUUCUUUCCUCGGCAAGCUCCAAACAUCCACCUGAGGGCACCUCACUUGACGUUGGCGGCGCCCUCGUCCCAAUCUCCGAUGGUGUUCGUGACCUGGGAGUUAUCUUUGAUCCUCAUCUUACGAUGGCCCCACACAUUCGUUCAUCAUGUAAGAAGGCGUACUUCCAUCUCCGCAGAAUCGCUCGAAUUAGGAAAUUCUUGCCACGCCUAGCAGUCAAGCAGCUCGUCCAUGCUUUCGUCAUCUCUCAGCUUGACUAUGGCAACUCCCUGCUUGCUGGUCUUCCUGACGUUCGUCUUGACGGGCUACGCCGUGUACAGAACUCUGCUGCGCGACUGAUCACCGGGGCAAGGAAGUUCGAGAGCAUCACCCCCCACUUACGCUCUCUUCACUGGCUGCCGAUUCGUCAGCGCAUCGAUUUCAAGAUCGCAGUUCUGGUUCAUCGUUGUUUACAUGGUUCUGCUCCUUCUUAUCUGGCUGAACUGAUAAUUCCAUAUUGCCCGCCUCGUGCUCUUAGGUCUGCCUCCCUCUACCAACUGUAUGUUCCAGCUUCUCGCUUAAAAUCAUAUGCUAUGCUUUGCCUUGGGAAAUUGUGCGCCAUCACUGUUUGCGGUGUUCCUGAUUUUUUGAAGAAGCCACAGCCAAAUGAAUAUGGUCCGUUGGCGCUGAUCCACCUGGGAAAGAAAACUGAUAUUCAUAUUCCAGAUGGAAAUGGGGAAGACAUUUAUAAGUUUCUAAUCAAGAUGUUUAAUCCCCUUGAAAAAAAUUUUAGAGUAGAGAACGCAUACUUGUCGGAUGUCGGCAAGAACAUCUUUUUGGUUCCGUUCAAUAAUCAUUUUGAUUAUUUUCUGCCAACGCCACUCACUGUUAAAUGUAACGUCUGUGACGAGUCAAUUGAUCCUAUGAUCAUGGACAUGCAUAAAGCUGUAUGCGUAGCUGGGGCGUGGGGUUACGAGGGUGCAGCCUUCGAUGCCAAUGAUUAUUAA